AUGAUUGUUACUAUCUUUGGAGCCAAUGGCAACCUGUCUAUCCGAAUUACUCGGCUCCUGCUUCAGAAGCCAAACGUUUCUGUGAGAGGGUAUGCUCGAAACAUUUCCAAAAUCCCGGAGGAUAUCCGCAACCAUCAGCAGUACGAGGCAAUCCAGGGUGAGGUCACUGAUAAAGAGAAGAUUCUUGUGCUGGACGGUCAAAAACUACUCAUUGACAUCUGUGAAGAAGAAAAGGUUGGCCGGUACUUCUCCUCGGCCUUUGUUGGCGACAUUCGCGGCAUGAAGGUUGGUCAACAUGAUCGGAUGGAUAUCACACUCCAGAUCUUCAAGUAUCUGGAAAGCAAGAAGCUGCGUUCCGUCCAUAUGAUGUGCGGAGCUUUUAUUGAAACGUGGCUCGAAUAUUCUGGUGUGAUCGAUCUCGGCACCAAUACCGUCUCGUACUGGGGUACUGGGGACGAGAUUUGGGACUUGACUAGUUACGAUGACUCAGCUGCGUAUACGGUUGAAGCCAUUCUCGAUGAGAGUGCUGACGGGUACUUGAAAUUCGCCGCUGAUAGGGUCAGCCCUCGUGGUCUGGCAGAGCUGUAUGAACGCGUCACUGGGCAAAAGACCAAGGUCAUUUGUAAUGGAACCCUCGAUGAUCUCUAUAAACAUAUGCAGGAGCAGAAGACGAAAUAUCAGGGCCAAAGCCCCUGGCUAUAUCUACCUCUAUUCUACACAUAUUACACGACAAACGGUACCAUGCUCAUGAAAGAUCCCCUCGAUAAUUCAAGGUAUCCCAACAUUAAGCCACAGACACUGGAGGAGUUUAUCAAGACGCACGAUCUCACUCGACCCGAAAACUUGCAAGCCCCAAUCUCCAAGUCUGCCCUAGUUGAGGCCUUGGGAAAUUGA